AUGGCGGAGAAUAAGCGCCAGGGUUCCGGUGCCAAAGGAUCUCAAGGUUCAUCGGGUAGUGCAUCUGGGCCCGGCAUGGCGACUGCUAUGGUACCCAUGGAGGCUGCUUUGAGCGGCGCAAUCGGUGCUCGCGUUCGCAUCACCGCAGCUUCACCUACGCCCUCUACGUUCGAGGGUGUGCUCUUCACAGCAUGCCCGCUCACGAACCUCGUUGCUAUCAACACCAACCCCGCUCCCUCGCCGGCAGACCCCAAACAGGCCCAGAACGGAGACUACCAUGUCAUCCCUGUAUCUCGCAUUCAGUCAUUCCAACUUCUCACUCUCCCCUCUUCGAAUUCCUCCGAAUCCCCAUCCUUUACCGAUGCCCAACCGCCCAUCCAGCCCCUCGAUCCCCGUGCCCUGAAGUCGCGUGAGGCCAAGGCCAUCGGUGAGGCGAUGGAUCGUGAGGCGCGUCGGGGUAAGGGCGUCACUCGUGAGGCUCAGGAGAUUUUCGACGCUUUUAGCCGGACGAUGCCUGCUCGCUGGGAUUCCUCCAACAUUGUCGUUGCGGACGCAGUUACCAUUGCCUCUCCCUACCGCGUAGAGGAUUGCCGCCCAUUGGUGGAGGGUGAUACAGCCGCUCUCGCUCGAGUUCGCAAGGUGCUUGAGAUGGAACGGAAAAAAAUCGAGUUUCGCAACGCCAGUGCCACUAUCGGAUCAACCAGUACCUUUGCCCGGGAUCAGCGCAAGGGCGGAUAG